GUGAAUUUGCACAUAAUGGGCGGUGUUAUGUUGGCAGCUCUGUUUCUUUCUUUUUCCGGUCUUAAACAUGGGUAUCGACCUCAAUCAUAAGUGGGACCGCAAGGUCCGUCGUACGAAGCCAAAAUCAUUGGACGUGUAUCUUGGACUGCUGGUGAAGCUGUACCGUUUCCUGUACCGUCGUACACACAAGAAGUUUAACAAGAUCGUGAUGCGUCGUCUGUUCAUGAGCAGAACGAACCAUCCGCCGAUGUCACUCAAUCGUGUUGCCCAGUUGAUGAAGCUGCGUGCCAAGAAUGAAAAAUCGAUAGCCGUUGUGAUCGGCACGGUUACCAACGAUGUACGCAUGCUGGAUAUUCCAAAGCUGAACGUGUGCGCUCUUCGUGUGACCGAUUUGGCUCGACAGCGUAUUUUGAAGAACGGUGGCAAAAUCUACACGUUUGAUCAGCUCGCCCUGAUCUCCCCGACCGGAAGGAACACCGUGCUGAUGCAGGGUAAGCGUACCGCUCGGGAGGUAUUUAAGCACUUCGGGCGUGCUCCAGGUGUGCCACACUCCAACACCCGCCCGUACGUGCAAUCGAAGGGCCGUAAGUUCGAAAAGGCUCGUGGUCGCCGCAGCAGCUGCGGUUUCAAAAACUAAGCCGGUCUCGGAUAUAAAAAUUUGGUUUGCACUUCCAAAGAACAUUUUGUAUUCGGAAAAGCGUUGACAGAAAGAAGUGCACAGAAAGUUUUUCUCUUUUUGGUGUAACAAGUUGGUGAAGAAAUACAAGGAAGAAAACUAUUCAAACAUGA